AAAAUAAAAAUAAACCUUUACGAACAAAACAAACCCAAAAACACUUGCCAAAAUUGACACCAUUUUCCUGGCCUCUCUCUCUAUUUCUCCCUCCAUUCUCUAGGCGAACGCAAGAUCUUUGCUUUUUGUUUACUUUUGAUUUCAUUUGUUCUUUAAUCACACAAAUUCUAAUCUAGAUUCAACAACCAUUCACUGAUAUAAAUCACAUAAAUGCAAAUUCCCAUUUGUGAUUAAAUAAAAAAAAAAGGGUUUCUUUUAUUUUGCAAGAUCUUUUCUUUUUCCAGUUUUUUUUUUAUUAUAAACAGAACGAAAUUCCAUUUUUUUGGGGUGGGAAAAUGGGCAAGGUGGCCGUUGGGGUGGCGGUGGUGUGUGGGGUCGCGGUGGCAGCGGCAGCAGCGGUGGUGGUUCAUCGAAAAAUGAAGAAGUCAGGGAGGUGGGUAAAAGCAAUGGAGAUAGUUAAAGAGUUUGAAGAAAAGUGUGGGACCCCGAUUUGGAAGCUGAGACAAGUGGCUGAUGCCAUGACUGUAGAGAUGCAUGCUGGCCUUGCCUCUGAAGGUGGCAGCAAACUUAAGAUGCUCAUCAGCUAUGUUGACAAUUUGCCUACCGGGAAUGAGAAGGGAUUAUUUUAUGCAUUGGACCUUGGUGGAACUAACUUCCGUGUGUUACGAGUGCAAUUGGGAGGGAAGGGUAGUGGUAUUGUCAAUCAACAGUUUAAGGAGGUGUCUAUUCCUCCAAGUUUGAUGACAGGGACUUCAGAUGCACUAUUUGACUAUAUUGCAGUAGAACUUGCAAAAUUUGUAGCUCAAGAAGGCACAGAUUUUCAACUAACUCCUGGUAGACAAAGGGAGCUUGGUUUCACCUUCUCAUUCCCUGUGAUGCAAACAUCCAUUUCUUCUGGAAGCCUUCUUAGGUGGACAAAAGGCUUCUCUAUAGAUGACACAGUUGGCCAAGAUGUGGUAGCAGAAUUAACCAAAGCCAUGGAAAGGCAAGGCCUUGACAUGCGUGUUUCAGCUCUGGUGAAUGACACCGUUGGAACACUUGCUGGAGGUAGGUAUACCAACAGUGAUGUUGCUGCAGCUGUGAUCCUUGGUACUGGAUCAAAUGCAGCAUAUGUGGAACGUGCACAUGCAAUACCAAAAUGGCAUGGUCUACUACCCAAAUCAGAAGAGAUGGUUAUCAAUAUGGAGUGGGGUAACUUUAGGUCAUCACAUCUUCCAUUAACAGAGUAUGACCAUGCACUAGAUGCUGAGAGUUUAAACCCUGGUGAACAGAUUUAUGAGAAGAUAAUAUCUGGUAUGUAUUUGGGAGAAAUUGUUCGCAGAGUUCUGCUUAGGAUGGCUGAGGAAGCUGCAUUUUUUGGUGACAUUGUUCCACCAAAACUUAAAGUGCCAUUUGUAUUGAGGACACCUGUCAUGUCAGCAAUGCACCAGGACACUUCCCCUGACCUCAAAGUGGUAGCGAAUAAAUUGAAAGAUACUCUUGAGAUAUCAAAUACGUCUGUGAAGAUGAGAAAAGUAAUUGUUGAGCUUUGCAACAUUGUUGCCACCCGUGGGGCACGUCUUUCAGCUGCUGGUAUACUAGGCAUUCUGAAGAAAACGGGAAGAGACACAGUCAAGGUAGGGGAGAAACAAAGAACAGUUAUAGCUAUGGAUGGUGGACUAUAUGAGCACUAUGCAGAAUUCCGCAAGUGUUUGGAGAACACCCUAAGCGAAUUGCUUGGAGAAGAGGUGUCUGAAAGCAUUGUGGUUGAGCAUUCAAAUGAUGGUUCUGGCAUUGGAGCUGCUCUUCUUGCCGCUUCCCACUCACAGUAUGUGGAAAUGGAGGAGUCCUGAGAGCAGUAAGAACUGGUUCAGCCAUUCUUUUUAAGUUAUUUGUGAGAAAUCUUACCAAACUUUUAUCCUACAAAAUUCUUUUAACCGGGAGAUUAGCAUUUUAUUCCUUUCUCGAUUAAUUACUUUUGGGGCAUUUAUCGUAAAAUCUUAAAUAAUUGCUUGCAAAGCUUGCGAUGAGGUGAAUUGAAUGUAUAAACGCAGGACCAGGAAGCGUGACCUCUUCCGCAUCGGCCUGUGAUUCUCUACAUCUGUGUUUUUUAAUUUCUUGCUUGUAGUCACCAAAGCUCACUGCUUAGGCAUGAAAAUAAUUGUUAACCCUUUUGUCCUUUUUACACCUUGGGGUCAAAGAUAAUUUGAUUGUCGACAAUUGUUUAUCA